AUGGAUAAUAAACCAUUAAAUGAAAAAUUAAUAUCUACACUUGAUCAAGCAGACGAUUACUACGAUAAUGGAAGCUAUUACAAUGCAAUAAAGUGUUAUAAUGAGACGAACAAGGAUGCGGAGCAGUUGGAGUGCAUUGAUGAUAAAGAUUAUACCAGAUUUACUUGUAGAAGUUGGAUUGGUUUAAUGAAGUCUAAAUUUCAGCUUCAUCAACUUGAUAAAGUUAAGAAAGACUUUGAGGCAAAAAAGUCACAUUUCAAAGAAAAAUUUCUAAAUUCUUUACUUGCUGAAGCUCAGUAUAUAAUGGGCAAUGUAAGUAUCAAAAAUGGAGAGUAUGAUGAAGCUUUACGUAAUUUUGAAGUUGCUAUUCGAAAUUUAAAUUCGAAUGAACCCAAUAAUUUACUAACUUUGGUUCAAGGUGGUAAAGCAAGUGUUUAUAUGUUACAAUAUAAAUAUGACAUGGCUCGAUCUGUUAUUCUGAAGUCUGUAAGAGAACAAUCAAGAAGCAUGCAAAACAGCAUUGAGAAAAUGAUUGAAAACGAGAAAACUGAGAAAACGACUGAAAACUGUAAACCUCAAAAUGUCAAGAAGUCAAUAACAGUACUACGAAGCAUACAAAAAAUUUUUGAGGAAACAACUGUAAACUCAACACCUUCAAAUUUAUCUAAGACACUUUUGGAUAAAUUAAAAUCUUCAUUGCCGUCGGAUAUAAAAAUGACUGUCAAGUUGGCUUUACUUAAUGAUACCAUUGGCAAUCUAUUUUAUAUGCAGGGUGAUUAUCUUCGAGCUAUAGAUUGCUUUCGGCGGUCAUAUAGAAUCAAGAAGAAAAACUUUAAAGAUAAUAGUUGGCACAUAAUAGAUUCAGCGGAAUAUUUAGGAAAAGCUUACUUUGCUAUAGAUAAAUUAAAAGAAGCUAAUAGCUGGUUCAAAAUAGUAAUAAAAAAAAAUAAGGAUUAUGAAGAAUACAACGAUUAUCAAUUUUGGGCAAAAAUUAAUAACAUUUUGGGUGAAAUAUCUCUCAGAAUGAGAAAAGUCAAGCGUAAGAAAGACAGGGAAAGUGAUUAUAAUUCUUUUAAAGUGUCAACGCUCUUUUACAACAGGGUUGUUAAUGUCCCAGAAGAUACGUAUAGAAAUAAAGUUGAAUUGAGUAAAGCUUUCUAUGGGAUCGGAAAAGCACACUUAGAAAAAUCCAGAUUCAAAACAGCAAAGGAAAAUUUAAUAAAAUCCAAGGAAAUUCUAAAUGGAAUAUCAAACCAUCGCCGCCUGUUGAUUGCAGAUAUUCGAGAUGAAAUUGCAAAAUUAUAUAAGAGUCUUAAUAUGUUAGACGCCUCUAAAAAAGAGUACAUGGAAAGUUUAAAAUUUCGGAAAGAAAUCUGCGAUAAGCAUAAAAUCGAUUUUGUGAGAUCCUAUUAUAGUGAGACUAGAUGGGAAAAAUAUAUACGCAGUAGCGAUAGCAUUCUAGCAUUAGAUAGAAGCUGCUUAGUAGAUAUAAAGAAACAAAAGCCAUAUAAAGAAAUGAAGACAGCUUAUCAUAAACUACGCAAGAUAUAUAAAUUACUUUCAGGCCGUCCAUAUUCAUUGAUAAAUCGCGAAAAUAAUGGAAAUAAUGGAAAUAGUUGCAAUGAACAAGAUAUAGAAGACUUUCAGUGGUUGAAGGACGAAAUUGAUAAGAUAGCUAAAUUCAUAGAGGAACCAUUAAGUAGUAAUGAAGGUAACGAUGGGGAGACAAAUGUCAGGAUACUGUCUGAUAAUUCAAGCGAUCACCCAGGUAUAAGAAUUCGAGCGUAUAGCGAAAGUGACGAUGAAGGCUAUUCGCAGCAAAUGGCAAGUCGUAAAAUAUUUAUAUCAUCAAAGACAAAACGCAAAUACCGUCAAUGUGCGGUGACUGGACUAUUGCUAACUUCAUCAUCAUCAGAUUAUAGCGAGAGUGAAUUAUCCGAGCAAAAAACUACUGCAAGGAAAUCUGUUAGUGUAAAAGUUAGGGACAAAAGCUCUAUUUUAACCAUAGCUAGGACAGCUAUAAGAGAAUUUAAAGAAGCCUUUGAAACAGCGCUUGUUCGUGGUGAAUUUUCAAAUAACUUUGCAAAUAUAAUGCUUAUUGGACCAAAUCAUGAAGACAAAUCUUUUAUAUAUAAAUUACUAACCAAACAACCUGAAAGUUCUCCUAAUGCUACAACGGUGUUAAUCAACUUGGAUACCAUAAAACAAGCAAGUAAUUCGGACGAAAAAAUUAUUUUUGAUAGACAAUCUUUCAUCGAUAAUAAAGUAUUAUCAGUCAUAGAAAAGCAGGGGAAUAUAUCACCAAACCCUGAGUUACAAAGAAUUUUUUCCGCUGCUCUUGAAAUAGGCAACAAUCAGUCUAGUGAUAAAAGUAGAAUUGCCAUUUCGAGUAGUGAUAAAAUUAUAGAUGACAAAAUCGAUAUAGACUAUCCCGUUAAUAAUAAUGAUAACGAAAUCACCACAGCUAGUGACAAUAUUAUCAGCCUGCUUAAUGAAACUACUAAAAGUUUAUCUUCACCGUCUUUCUCGCGAUGUUUCCAGAAAUUCCAUCAGAGGCGUAAAUAUUACCAUGCUAAUCAGUUUGCUAAAAUUUGGAAUUUUAACAAUCACGCUUACUAUCAACCCUUCAAAUUUCAGCAUAAUGUUUACAUUGCUCCUUUUGAUGUCAGUGUCAAACUGGAUAAAAUUGUCAGUAGUGAUUACGGUGUUGGUCGCCAUGAUUAUAUGACUUCAUUUCAGGAAUGGCUGAUUAAUGCAAUUGAUUGGAAUACAAAAGAGAAUCAGUCAUAUAUUAGCAUUGAUAGUCAAGAGGACGAAAUUCCAUUGCCAAUCAUUCUAUUUGUUGCCACUAAUAGCGAUGAUAAAUUAACAGAAGAAGCGCAAUGGACUAGACGAAGUCAAUUUAUGGAUGAGUUGGAUAUGAAAAUGCCACAGUAUAAAUCACACUUUUAUUCUCCGGAAAUAAUAAUCAAUACAGUUGAUGGAAAUCAGAGUAAAGAUUUAGAGGAGACGGUCAAUAGCAGUAGCUGGAACAAAUUAUGCGAAAAAAUUCAAAAUUGUAUCCUAGACGUUCCGUUCUUCAAACAGAAAAUUAAACUUAAAUGGUACAUAAUGGCGGAAUUAUUCGAUAAUCCUAUACUAGUAUCUGAUAGGAAUAUUAGCCAUACUCUAGAUAAGCAGAAUUCCACCGGUAUGCAAUAUAUUCAGACACUAGAACAAGUUUACACUAAAGCUACAAACAGAAUGGAGCAGAGUGAGAUUAUAAACGUUCUAAAAUUUUUACACGGCAUAGGAGAAAUAAUAUUUAGUCAAUACAGUGAGACUGAUAGUCUUAUAGUUACAGAAUUAAGUUGGUUUUACGAUAACUUUCGCAAAAUUUCUACAUUGGUCGAUAAUUAUAAGCAACGUCGUCUUGCCAGCAGUAGCAAGAGCAGAGAAUAUUGCAAAUGGGCUAGGGACUAUGGAAUCGUUACUAAAGCCUCCGUAAAGUGUGCAAUAAGUCAUGAAGCAUUAUUGGAAGAAGAUAUUGAUUCUCUGCUACAAGUAAUGGAACAAAAUCGUUUAAUUUACAAAGCUUCAAGAAAUCUGGAGGAUAUAAAAGCUAGUACAUAUGAACAGUAUUUUCUCCCGUAUUUAUUAUCUUUACGUAAGAAAGAAACAGGCAACGAAUUAAAAUGCGGAUUUCAAUCGUCUUGGCUUUAUCUAGGUUACGACAAACACUCACCUCUAUAUAUUACAGAUCAAAUCUUUCAUCAGUUUUUACUGUCAUCCCAAUCAGAAUUGGAUGUUGAAUUAUAUUAUCAUAGCGCUAAAUACUUACCAAAACAUGGUAAUUAUACUAUAAUAGUUGGAAAGAGUGCAUCACAUAUUAGAAUUCAGUAUUGCUACGAAAUUAUAGGCGAACCGAAAGAAGAUUAUCAGAUUAAAACGAAAGCAAUUUCAGCAUUAAGCAACGAUCAAUUAUAUGUUUAUUUUAAAACAAUGCUAUCGAAAAUCGUGAAGGAUGUUUACCCUGAGCGACAAGAAUUUGACUGCGGAUAUUUUUUUCCUUGCCUAAAAUGUGAUCAAUUAAUGGCUUAUUCUAGUCAUGUUGCAGCACGAAUAAUCAAAUGCACUAACGCUAAAUGCCGUACCAAGCAUAAGCUAGCAAACAUGAAAGGUUGGGAUUCAGUACUCUUUUCGUCGCGUUCGCCCUGUAAAGGUAUCAAAUCAACAUCAUCAGAUCAAGUUGUUACUUUCUCUAAUCCAUCAAAACUAUCAACGUGUGGUAAAGAAGAUACUCUAACAUCGUCGGCUGAUAAUGCGAAGACAUAUUCCAAGGCAAUGAGAAAAAUUAAUGGAGAGCAAUACUUACCACAAAGUCGGAUAGAGGACCGGCGAAAACGAGAGCGAGAAGAAGACGAAAAUGAGUCUGACUGCGAAACUGUUGCUGAUAUGCCUUCAAUGCAUAAUAGCCGCGAAUAUUCAGAGCUAAUGUCACCAGUUUCUGGAAUUAAAAGAAAACGUUCCAAGGCAGCUAGCAAGCAAUUAGAUUACACAAAUGCUUUAGAUUCACAAAGUCUGCCAGCUUUAAGCGACAAUAUACGUAAAGUGUUAUGGCAUUAUCGUCAAGACUUUAAGAGCGCGGAGCCAUAUGAUCAUAUUAAGCAUUUUUUGCUACGAAUGGGUAUCUUAAUGCCUGAAGAUAUUGAUUUUAUGAAUGGACAACAAAUAAAAGCUGAACGUUCUGCAGCUUUGUUGGAUAUCCUUUUAGGUUGUAGUGAUCGAGAUAUUUAUAAGGUUUGCGAUCUAUUAGCAAGGCAUUCUUUGAAUUCAUUACAAAAAUUGGGAGAAAAAAUGAAACAUAUGGCAGAUGAAAUUAAAGAAAAGUCAAGAAAAAUCCAAGAAUGUAACAUUGAUGUCGAGAAAGAUCAAAAUUUACUUCCCAGUAAGUCCUUCAUAUUCGUUGUAAUGACCUAG